CACAAACCUGGACCCCAAGCUCAGCCCUCAUCUACAAACACCACCUCUCUUCCUCUCCUCCUUCCCUUCUUUGGCGCAACCUUUACCUUGAGCUUGAUCGUGUUCGCCACAUAAUUGUGCGCGUGCAUACUACAAUUACUACCCUUCUGACCCCUCUCCCCUUAAGCACAUCUUCGAGCUUGCUGUGAGCUCAUCGCAGUCCCCGCGCGGCGACACCAUGUCCGAAUUCUUAGGGUGAGAUCAAUCGCCUGGACCCGAUUUACAUUGGCCGGGUGCUAACAUGCAGCGAUUGAAGAGCGAGGAUAUCACUGGUAUCCAGGAGCGACAUUAGGUAAGAGACACCUAGUCUCAUCGCAAUCUUCUCCGCGCUGACAGACUCACGCAGAUAUGUCGGCACGCUCCACGAGAUCAACUCAGAGGCCUCGACGGUCGCACUAGAAAACGUAUCCUCCUUUGGCACAGAAGGGCGUAAACAGAACCCAGAUGAGGAAAUCCCACCGUCCGAUAGCGUAUACGAAUACAUUGUCUUUCGUGGUAGCGAUGUGAAGGAUUUGCGAAUCGAGGAAAAGCCAGCCGACCCAGAGACCAAACGUCCCCAAGUCCCCAACGACCCUGCUAUCCUUGGUGUAAGUCAUCCUAUUUCACAUAUUAUUCGAUUACCUUUUUCGAUGUUAUCCUGCUUUAUGUGAUGAAAAAUUCCGGAUGUUAACUCAUAUUGUCUCCGAGAGCGCAAAAUCGUGUGGAGAUUUCCGUUGCCUUCCUUCUGAUUCCAAAGCUAUAAAUAUAUUAUCGUUUUUAAGACGUUUGCUUGUCGUCUUUUGCUGAUUAUCAUGCUUAGGGAACUCGACCAGCGCCUCAAGGUCAAGCUACUCAAGGUCCUCCAAGACAGGCUCCAAAUCCUCAACAAGCUUCCUCUCCCCCAUCCUUUCCCCAACAGGGUCCACCACCUGGUGUUCCUCCAUUCGCUCAACAUCACCAAUUCCCUCCUCCAUUCUAUCCUCCCCCACCAGCUGGAUGGGGUCGCGCUGGUCCUGGCCCUGGGCCAGCUGGCUAUCCCGGAAUGCCUCCAUUUGGCGGUGCACCCCCAGGAUGGUAUCCGCCUCCAGGCCAAGGAUUUCAACCUCCAAACUUCUCCCCAUAUGGCUAUCCUCCUGGUCCUCCAGGCCAGUUUCCUCCAGGCCAGCAGCAAGGUCAGCCACCUAAGCCAGCUCCGAUUGGCCCUGGCGCAAACAAGCAAGCAGCACCAGGCCCAGCUGCUCAGCCAAAUGAUCAACAAGGAGAACCAAAGAGCUUGGCUAAGCCGACGGAAAUGGCUGCCGCCGCCGUUCAGAAGGUUGCAUCACCACCAGCUGCCUCUAAAGAUUCUUCCCCUCCCACGAAGGCUACUGAAGCAAAGCCACCUACUUCACAAAACAACGCGUCAGCGGGUCCAGCUAAGCCAACGCCAAGUGGUCCUAAAAACAACAAUCGCAUUCAGCCAGCGCUCCCAUUGCAAAGCCCAGCGGCUAUCAAAACCCCAUUGACCAAUGUCGCUAAUGCUAACGCUACUUCUGAGUCCGCUUUGAAAGAUGCAACUGCUGCUGCGACCGCUGCCGUCGCGGCUGCGAUGGCUAAACUUCCACCUACUGGUGGCCAGGCAAAUGGAAACAACAUGGACAGUUUGACCAAGAAGGUCAAUGAAAUGAGAGUCAACGAGCCAACUCGUGCGCCUCGUCAGCCAACUGGUGCGGGCGGGUUUAACACCGGAAGAGCACCACGUGGGGGACGAGGCGGUGCGAGAGGUGGUGCUGCUCCAAAAGUAGAGGUUCCAACUACUGAUUUCGACUUUGAGGAGUCUAACGCCAAGUUUAAUAAGCAAGACUUGGUGAAAGAGGCCAUCGCUGGAUCGCCAUUAGGAGAGCAUGUUCCAGAGGCUGCACCCGAACCAGAAGUUCCUGCUGGCGGAUAUAACAAGUCGACUUCGUUCUUCGAUAAUAUCUCAUCAGAGAGCAAGGAUCGAGCUGAUGCAGGAAAUUCAAGACCAGGUGGACGAGAGUGGCGUGGCGAAGAACAAAAGAAGAACUUGGAGACUUUUGGCCAAGGAAGCGUCGACAAUGCCCACGGAUAUCGUGGUGGGUACCGUGGACGAGGACGUGGACGAGGUCGCGGCCGCGGUUAUGGAGGCAGAGGAUAUCGUGGAGGACGAGGUGACGCACAAACUAUUGUGCAAUAAUUGAAAUACUGGACUCCCAAAACGCCUAAUGACGAAAUCGAAAUUUCUUUUGCGUUGUAUCAAAAGUUACUAGCGACGGAUUCUCUAUUUCGGAGAUGGAUGAUUCAAUAUCUUCUUUUCUACCAGGCUUUGGGUAUCACACAACGCUGCCAUGAGUAAUAUCUCGGGAGUUUUUCAGUGUGCUUGUGUUUAUUAUUUUCCUUCUCUUUCUUUUUCCUUUUGAACUGUACCAUCAGGGACAAAUCACGGACUCUAUUGCACGAUGGACUCCGGGUAUUACGAAAACUACCAAAUAUUUGCAACGAUCUUGGCUGGAUGGCGCUUACGAAUAAAGCGAAGGUCUGAUCUUGAAUCAAUGACAGGGAAUGGGAUGUAUGAUCGGGCCAUUACGAGCUCUUUUUCAUUUGAUGGUAUUUUACUUCUUCGCGCGCCUGGUUUGGAGGUCCAAGAUCUUCAUUUGAUUCCUGGAUGGAUCGAAUGUGAUGGCAAUCAUCAUUGAAAUGGUGGAGUUAAAUGAUUUCAUCUCGAAACGGAGUACGGUGUGGUCCACGGAAUGGGUUGCCUAUUUGCUUAUCAUGCAAAUUCGGCAAAUACUGUUUCUAUCACGAGGUAAAAUGAGUGUAUACCAAUGCUGAGAUGUGGUGGGGGGAUAAUCAUAUUUGGGUUUGAGGGCCUAAUGUGGGGUCUGCACGACUAGUUACGUAUUUUGUGCAAUGCACUCCAUGAAAAAUAAAAAAACUUCAGACCACACUGUACCAUCUUGUUCAUUUUUUGAUGGAUAUUAUAUUUCCUAUUUGACUCAAAUUAUUAUAUUUCCUAUUUGAUUCAAAUGAUUUGCCCCCGUGGUAUUCCAACAAUUAUGCCAUUUCCUGAUCGUUUCUGCUAGUCCACCCAGCUCAAGUUAACUGGUCAAUGUCAACCUUCUCAACCUCCACAUACUCGCUCUUCUUUCGAGUACUAUUGCAGCAAAUCAAGACCCCAGCAUCGUCAGAGCACUCUCCAUGUGUGUUGUCUCUAUCAGAUGUUUUCUUCCAGGCCGCACAUACGAUCCCGUUAUUUGAUACAGACGUAAGUUUCUCAACGAUGGUAAUAGUCCUCGUCAUCGCAUUCCAGUCAUCAUGAUGCACAACCCUCUCAUAUCUCCCUUCAAACUCUCUCCUGGUAAUUUCCGAAUGCAUGUAAUGCUGUGUGCCAAUUCGUUGGUCCAGAUAGUUAAUAGAUUGUCGAAGACUGCUGCAAGGCAGCGGGUUCUCUCUUUUCUUGUGGCACAGGGCGUUGUGUAGGGCGAUGAUUGCGAUGAUUGAGAGGAUUACUAGGAUGCUGACUCAUAACAAUGUGGAGAUGAACCAGAAGAUUGUAGAGAGGGUGUGGAGGAUACUGGGUUUUGGUGUGGUGGUGACGGUUAGAGGGGUCUUGUCGAUGAGUUUGUGGAGUGUUUGGGGGAGGGUGGUGUUGGUGAGGGUUUGGCAGUAUGUGAGGAGACCGGGUGUUUCUUUUGUGAGGUCAAGAUGGAGACCUGGUGUUAGUCUUUUGAGGCCUAAUUUGAAAAUUGGGUUUGGGUAAGGCAUGGUGGGCGGUUGUUGUGUGUUUGUGAUUUUUUAAAGUGUGUAUUUGUUGUUUUGGGGGGUUUGUAAAGAUAUUGGGACGGGAAAAUGUGGAGGUUUUUAUAGAAAGAGAUGGAUGGUUGGUUUAUUAUGAUGGAAAUAUACUUGAGCUAAUGGCCUUGGUAUUACGCUGGACUAAGCGAUUUUCUUGGGUUAGGGAGGGGGAAAACGGAAAACUGCCGGGUUGACUAGUAGUUAGAUUCUUAUGUCAUAGAAGAGUACCAAAAGCC